AAAAAAAAAAAAAGAAGAAAAAUCAAGUAUUGUAUAAUAAAAGGUCAAAUGCAUAAUGGGUAAACCACCGGAAGGUGGAAAAUUGCUAUUAGCAAUUUUUCUUAUAAUAAAUUUUGUUAAAGGACAAAAUGACUAUGAAUGUCCACCACAAGAAAAAAUACUUCCAUGUAGAUGUUCAACAAGAGACAUGGAGUAUCAAAUAUGGUGCAGUCACAGUGAAUUACCAAAAGUUUUAGAGGGUCUUAAUUCAAUAAGUCAUUAUAUAACACAUCCAAUUGAUGAGCUUAUACUUGAAAAUAAUAAUUUACCAAGUUUACCUGGUAAAGUAUUUACAAGUUUACGUGUAUUACGUUUAAUGUUACGUAAUAAUAGAUUAGAACGUGUUUCAUCUGGUUGGUUAGAUGGUCUUCAUGAUUCAUUACUUGAACUAUUUUUAGUUGAACCAGAUUUACGUUCAUUACCAAUUGAUAGUCUUGAUAAUCUUCAAGGACUUGAAGCAAUAACAUUACAAAGUAAAACAAUGAAAAGAUUACCAAGAUUUUCUGGUUUAACAAAACUACGUUAUUUACAAAUUAAUUCACCAUCAUUAAUUGAAUUAUCACCAAUGAGUUUUAAAGAUUUACCAAAUUUAGAACAAUUACAUGUAUUUGGUAGUUUAAAUCUUGUACGUUUAGAAGCUGGUUUGUUUCGUAAUUUACCAAAAUUAUCAAUGAUAAAUAUAACUGAUUGUGGUAUAACAUGGUUACAUCCACGUACAUUUAUUGAACUACCUGAACUUCAAGAAAUAUCAUUAAAAGGUAAUUCAAUACAAGAUGCAGCAAUUAUUGGUAGAGCUAUUAUUGAUUUACCAAGAUUAUCAAUAAUACAUCUUGAUUAUAAUAAAAUAACAAAAUUACAAGAAGAAUGUUUCGUUGAUUUAUUAUCAUUAAGUAGAUUAUCAUUAUCAAAUAAUUAUAUUAGUGAAAUAUUACCAGGUUCAUUUCAACAUCUUCCUUUAUUACGUGUAUUAAAUUUAAAUAAUAAUAAAAUAAUACGUAUACAUCCAAAUUUUUUUAUACAAAGACUUGGUAGUAAUAUUGAAGAAUUAUUAAUUAUAAAUAAUAAUAUAAAUCAUAUUAAUGAAAUACGUUCAAUAUUUGAAGCAUUACCAAAAUUAAAACUACUUGAUUUAUCAUAUAAUUUUAUUGAAGAAAUACCAUUUGGUUCAUUACGUGGUCAUUUAAAUCUUGAACGUUUACAUAUUGAUCAUAAUCAAUUAACAUAUAUACAAAGAGAAACAUUUACAUCAAUGCCAUUAUUACGUGAAUUACGUUUAAAAAAUAAUUCAUUAACAAAUAGUAUUGAAUUACCAUUUUGGAAUUUACCAAAUUUAAAAGGACUUGAUUUAUCACAAAAUUAUUUUCGUCAUAUUGAUUCAAUGGUUAUUGCAAAUUUACCAAAUUUAAGAAUAUUAGAUUUAUCAGGUAAUGGUAUAUCACAUAUUGAACCAGAAACAUUUUAUUUAACACCAGAAUUAGAAAAUUUAAAUUUAUCUGGUAAUGCAUUAUCAUCAAUACAUCCAAUGACAAUGAGACAAUUAAAAAAAUUAUAUGAACUUGAUGUUAGUUGGAAUCGUUUAUUAAAUAUUAUACCUGGUUUACCUAAAAAUAUUGAACAUUUACAUUUAUCAAUGAAUAGAAUAAUUCAAUUACCAACAAUUCAAAGUCAAGAUUUAUCAUUACCAUCAUUAAGAACACUUGAUAUUAGUGCAAAUGGUAUUGAAUUAAUAUUACCUGGUACAUUUAGUGAAUUACCAAAUUUAAAAAAACUUAAUAUUGGAUAUAAUUCAAUACGUUUAAUUGAUGAUAAUAUAUUUGAUGGUCUUGUUAGACUUGAAAUACUUGAUUUACGUUAUAAUCGUAUUGUUACAUUACAUGGUAGAAGUUUAAAACCAUUAAGAUCAUUAUUAGAUCUUAGUUUACGUGGUAAUAGAAUUGAAAUUAUAAGAUCUGAUAUAUUUGAUGAUAAUAUAUUAUUAAAAAGACUUGAUUUAGCUAUUAAUAAUUUAGCACAAAUACCACAUUCAACAUUUUUAAAUACAAGAAAUUUGAGAGAACUUUAUGCAUCACACAAUACAUUGACUGAAUUACCAGGCUCACUUCAUGGUUUAUCAUCACUUGAAGUUUUAGAUUUGAGCUUUAAUAAGUUGAAUAUUUUAUCACCAGAUACAUUGAGUAGUUUAACAUCAUUAUUGGAGCUUAAACUUGUUAGAAAUAAAAUUAAAGAAUUGAGAGAAGGUGCAUUUAGUCGUCUUCCAAGAUUAAAUUUUAUUGAUUUAGAAAAUAAUGAUCUUCGUGUUAUUGAAAAAAAUUCAAUUAAAAAUCUUCCAGAACUUCAAGCAAUUAAAUUGGGAAAAAAUAAAAUUCAAACAAUUCCAAGUGGUGCAUUUGUUGAUUUACCACUUCUUCAAAGUACUGAAUUACAAGAAAAUCGUAUACAAGAAAUAUCUGCUAAUGCAUUUGUAAAUGUACCACAUAUAUUAUUUUUAAAUUUGAGUCAUAAUUUAUUACCAAGUAUUGAACAUGCUGGAUUAACGGGUCUUCGUUCAUUGGAAGUACUUGAUGUCAGUAGUAAUCGAUUGACAAGAAUAUCUACUGAUAGCUUUGCUCUCAUGGAGUGGCUUGUCGAACUAAAGAUGGAUAAUAAUCGAAUAUGUGGAAUUGAAGGUGCACCAUUUAAUGAUAUGCCAAGAUUACGUGUAUUAAGUAUGCGAAGUAAUAGAAUGAAUUCAGUAUCAGAAAAUGCAUUUAAAAGAUUAAGAUCAAAUAUUGCUAUAUUAGAUAUUGAUGGUAAUCCAUUGUCUUGUUCUUGUGAUAUGAUAUGGUUAAGAGGAUGGCUACAGCAAGGAUCAACAGAAGGACCAAAAUGUGCUGAUGGUACAUUAUUCAAAGAAAUGAGAUUAUCAAGACAAGAUUGUUUGAAAAAAAAAUAUACAACUAAUGUACAUCCUGGUUGUGAGGCAGAAAUGAUUAAUCAAGCUCAUGAGCUAUCAUCAUAUAAUGACAAUGAAAAAUUACCACCAGCAUGGAUGAAUAUACAAAAACCAACAAAAUUUUCAAAUAAUCAAGAUGAUUAUUUAUAUGAAGAUUAUCCAGAAUAUCAUUAUACAAAUACAACUGAUCAAUCAACAAGUGAAGAAAUAAAUUUAUCAACAUCAGCAUAUCCAACAAAUAUUAUUAUAACAGAUAAACCACAAAUUGUUAAUGAUAAACCACAAAAAAACAGUAAUACAGCAAUAAUAAAUGAUAAAAAUAAUUUACCACCAGUAAAAAAAAAAAAACCAUCAAAUAUUUCAGCAUCACCAGGUAGUUCUGGUUUUACAUUUUUUGGUGUACCAUUGCCAAAUUUAAAUUUUAAUCUUUGGGGUAAUACAGGAAAAAAAAAAGGUUUACGUAAAAAUGAUGAAAAAUCAUUAGAUAAUAUUAAAUAUCGUACAUUUCCAAAAACUGAGCCAGAAAUUCAUAGAGGUGGUUUUUAUCCUUUGCCUCAACCAGAAGGUGGUUUUCAGCCAGUAACAGAUCCACGUUUAAUUUAUGAAACAAAAUUUAAAAAUCAUACAAUCAAUAAUAAUACUAUUACAGCAAAAAUUUUACGUAUUACAAAUGCAACAAAAAUAAAUAAUAAAAAUAUACAAGAUGAUUUUAUUAUUAAAAAAAAUAAUAUAACAAGUAAAGGAGAUAUUCAACGUGUACAAUUAAAUAAUAAUAAAACAAAAUUUAUAAAUUUAACAAUUCCAAAUGUUAAAAAAAAUAUAACAACAACAACAACUGAAAUUUAUGAUGAUAAUGAUGAAAAUAAUAAUAAUUAUGAUAUUGAUUCUGAUGAAUCAAUGCAUUUAGAGGGAAAAAUUGCAAGUAAAAUAGUAUGGACAACUCCAUUAUCAUCAUCAAGUGCUGAAAGUCUUUUACUCGAUACAUCAACAGAAGGAAAUUAUCGUUCAAGAAAAAAGUCGAAUAAUUUAUUUGAUAAUGAUGAUCAUACAUCACUUGUUAAACCUGAUGAUUUAACAACACCAAUGUCAACAAUUGAACCAGUUGUUUAUGUUACAACAAAUAAAGAAAAUAAUGAAAUACAAGAAACAACAGCAUCAACAUCAUCAACGACAACGAAACCAACAACAACAACGACAAUGAUGAAUCAUAAUGAACAUAUAUUUACAAAUCAAACAUCACAAGGAAUGGAAGCAUCAGCAUUAUCAGCUUUGUUAAUACCUGGUGGACAAAUACCAGUAACUGUACCAAUUAUUGGAAAAAUUCCAGGACGUUCAACAAUUGAAAAAGUUGCCUCACCACGUAUGGCUAAUAAUACUAAUAAAAUAAAUAAUAAAAAUGCUGAUAAUGAUGAUGAUAAAACUACAGUUAAUAAUGACAAAACAAUUGAAGAUGAUGAUCCAUUUAAUUGGUAUUUUCAAAAUUAUAAUGACUCAAAUUUAGAGCCAUAUAUUGGAGCUGUUGAUAAUGGACAAAUUUCGACAAAUAAAUCUAAUAUUAUUUUUAUUUUAUUGAUAUCAAUUUUGUUAAAUUUUAUCUGA